CCAACAACAACUUGCAACCCACAACAAACACCACAAUGGCAACAACAGCAGCCUCCCCCUCGCCAGCGGGGCCCUCGUCGCGCGCGACCCCAGUGCUCAGCGUCAACACGGCGCAGGCCAAGCCAAAGGACUUUGACGUCGUCGCGGCGUACAAGCGCGCCCUCGCUGAUGAAAAGUACCCCCACCCCGUGGCUGCUAUCCUCGCGCUUGUCGAGUUAAUGGAGGCGUCGACUGCCUCCACCGUGUCUGGUCUUGCUAUCGAGCUCACAAACGGCCGUAGGCGCCUGAACGACUCGCAGCACAGCCUGGGUGUGCGUGCUGGAUGUCAGCUGUGGGAGCGUUUUGUCGCCCUGUCCGGCGGUGGUGGUGAGGACUUCCCGGCGUACAAGCGCACCCUCAUCGCGCAGGGCAGGUCGUUCUGCUCGGUCACUGCUCCUCAGGCAAGGGAAAAGAUUGCCAAGCAGGCCGGAGACUUCUUGAGCGACGACUGUGUCGUCCUCACCCACAGCUACUCGCGCGUGGUCAUCCAGACGAUCCUGCAAGCACACAAGCAGCACAAACGUGUGAGCGUCUACGUGACCGAGGGACGGCCUGGUCUGCUCGGCAUGCGCACCCACCAGGUGCUCACGGCGGCGGGUAUCCCGUGCACGGUCCUCCUCGACAGCGCGGUGGGCUACGUGAUGGAGCGCGUCGACAUGGUGCUUCUCGGAUGUGAGGCCGUCGUCGAGUCGGGCGCGCUCGUGUCCUCGGUCGGCACGUACCAGAUUGCGCUGGUGGCCAAGGCGAUGCAGAAGCCCGUGUACGCGCUCGCCGAGUCGUACAAGUUCCUCCGCCACUACCCGCUCUCGCAGAACGACCUCCCCGGCCCCCGCGACGCGGCCAAGAACCUCCCCCUCUCGUUCCCCUCCGUCUUCCCCUCCACGCCAGUGGGCCGUAACUUCCCCCCUGCCAUCCCGCCUACGCCGUCGGCCUCGGCCCCGGACGUCGACCGCCUCAACGUCUCGGGCACUGGUACGCCCAGCGGCGGCGACUGGGCUGCGCCGGCCGAGAUGACCCCCGACAUGAUCGCGAGCCAGCCCCUCGUCGACGUCACGUACCCCGACCUCGUCGACUUUAUCAUCACCGACCUCGGCAGCCCGCUGUCGCCGACCAGCGUCAGCCAGUACCUCGUCGCUCAGUUCUCGGCAUAGGGUGUGGUAGUGUGGUGGCAUAGUAGAGGAUCACGAGAUGACACAUGUUGCAUAGUGAGCGGGCGAGGGACAGAGGUUGAGCUUCCAGGUAGUGUGGUGUGGUACGGGCUGCGGGCGAGUGGGUCAUUGCAAUGCGGAAC